CCUGACCUAGUGACCUGACCUUGCACGGCUAACCAGUGACCAAAUAGGCCAGCUAGGUAAACUUCCAUUUAGAGCAACAAAUAAGCCACGUAGGAUUUUUAGUUGCAACAAACAAAUCAUCUGUUAUUUAUACUCCCCACUCUACACUGUUGCCACUAGUAUGACACUGCCACUACUAUUUCGCAUUCUCUCUCUCGUUUGCAUAAGCGCCAUUAACAACCGGAAUCUAUAAGCUUCGUCUCGGCCAUAUAUUGAGGUCAUGCAAGGAAUUAACCGUAAUGAUGCUUCCGGCCUCGAGGAUAUCAGAAACGAGACUGUCGAUUUGGAACGAGUUCCUUUAGAGGAAGUGUUUCAGCAGCUAAAAUGCACACGAGAAGGUCUGUCAUCAAGUGAAGCAGCGCACCGCAUUGAAAUUUUCGGACAGAACAAACUUGAAGAAAAAAAGGAUAGCAAGAUGUUGAAGUUUUUUGGCUUUAUGUGGAAUCCCUUAUCAUGGGUUAUGGAAUUUGCUGCACUGAUGGCCAUUGUUUUGGCGAAUGGUCAAGGAAGACCUCCAGACUGGCAGGAUUUUCUGGGAAUCAUUGUUUUAUUGCUGAUUAAUGCUACUAUAAGCUUUUAUGAAGAAAAUGUCGCAGGCAAUGCAGCAGCAGCCCUUAUGGCUGGACUUGCCCUAAAAGCUAAGGUUCUGAGAGAUGGUAAAUGGAGUGAGCAAGAAGCGGGUAUACUAGUUCCAGGUGAUAUCAUAAGUAUAAAGUUGGGAGAUAUUAUCCCAGCUGAUGCUCGUCUCCUUGAGGGUGAUCCACUCAAGAUUGAUCAGUCUGCUCUGACUGGUGAAUGCCUCCCUGUUACCAAAAAUCCAUCAGAUGAAGUAUUUUCAGGCUCAACUUGUAAACAGGGUGAAAUAAACGCUAUUGUAAUUGCAACGGGUGUACGUACUUUCUUUGGUAAAGCUGCCCAUCUUGUGGAUAGUACCAAUCAAGUAGGACACUUUCAGAAGGUUCUUACAUCCAUUGGUAACUUCUGCAUAUGCUCUAUUUUAGUGGGACUUGUUAUAGAGGUGAUCGGCAUGUUAAUACAGCAGCGCAAGUAUAGGGAUAUAAUUGAUAAUUUACUUGUUCUCUUGAUUGGAGGAAUUCCUAUUGCGAUGCCAACUGUCUUGUCUGUCACCAUGGCUAUAGGAUCCCACAGGCUUUCUCUACAGGGUGCAAUUACAAAAAGAAUGACUGCCAUAGAGGAAAUGGCAGCUAUGGAUGUGCUCUGCAGCGACAAGACAGGGACACUGACUCUAAACAAGCUAACAGUUGACAGUAACCUCAUUGAGGUUUUCGAAAAGGGCACUGGAAAAGAGCACUUGAUUCUACUUGCAGCAAGGGCUUCAAGAACAGAGAAUCAAGAUUCAAUUGAUGCUGCAAUUGUUGGAACGCUUGCCGACCCCAAGGAGGCAAGAGCUGGAAUCAAAGAAGUUCACUUCUUACCUUUCAACCCUGUUGACAAGAGGACUGCUCUGACCUAUAUCGAUGCUAAAAGUAACUGGCAUCGAGCUAGCAAGGGCUCCCCUGAACAAAUAGUAGCACUAUGCAAUUGCAAUGAGGACACUAGAAGGAAAGUUCAUGCUGUAAUCGAGAAGUUUGCUGAACGUGGACUUCGAUCUUUAGCUGUUGCAAGACAGGAAGUACCUGAGAAAUCAAAAGAUAGUCUAGGGGGACCUUGGCAACUUGUUGGUUUAUUAGCUUUGUUUGACCCACCCAGGCAUGAUAGUGCGAAAACAAUCAGAAGAGCCUUAAAUCUGGGUGUAAAUGUAAAAAUGAUAACCGGUGACCAGCUAGCCAUUGGUAAAGAAACUGCCCGCAGACUUGGAAUGGGAACUAAUAUGUAUCCUUCUUCUGCAUUGAUCGGCGAGGACGUGGAUGCGACCCUUGACAGAGAUGAGCUGAUUGAGAAAGCUGAUGGAUUUGCUGGAGUGUUUCCAGAGCAUAAAUAUGAAAUCGUGAAGAGGCUGCAGGAGAAAAAUCACAUAUGUGGUAUGACCGGAGAUGGUGUAAAUGAUGCUCCUGCAUUAAAGAAAGCGGACAUUGGCAUUGCUGUUGCUGAUGCUACAGAUGCUGCUAGAGGUGCUGCUGACAUUGUUCUCACUGAACCUGGGCUUAGUGUGAUUAUUAGUGCAGUAUUAACUAGUAGGGCUAUAUUUCAACGAAUGAAGAAUUACACGAUAUAUGCUGUUUCUAUUACCGUACGUAUUGUGUUUGGCUUCAUGCUUAUUGCAUUGAUAUGGAAAUUUGAUGUCUCCCCUUUUAUGGUUCUGAUUAUUGCACUUCUUAAUGAUGGAACGAUCAUGACUAUCUCAAAGGAUCGAGUUAAACCAUCUCCAAUGCCAGACAGUUGGAAAUUAAACGAGAUAUUUGCAUCUGGCAUUGUUCUUGGAGGCUACUUGGCACUAAUGACUGUACUAUUUUUCUGGGCUGUGAAGAGAACUGAUUUUUUUCCAGAUAAGUUUGGUGUGAGAUCAUUGCGAGAUAGCCCUGCAGAGAUGAUGUCUGCUUUGUACCUACAAGUCAGCAUAGUGAGCCAAGCCCUUAUCUUUGUUACAAGGUCUCGUAGCUGGUCUUAUGCUGAACGCCCCGGACUAUUCUUGGUAGGGGCUUUUGUAGUAGCUCAGCUGAUCGCGACUCUAUUAGCUGUCUAUAUGUCAUGGAGUUUUGCAAAGAUACAAGGAUGUGGUUGGGGUUGGGCUGGUGUUAUCUGGCUUUACAGUCUUGUAACAUACAUCCCUCUGGACUUUCUCAAAUUUGCUAUCCGGUAUAUAUUAGGAGGGAAGGCAUGGAAUAAUCUUUUGGACAAAAAGAUUGCCUUCACAAGUAAAACAAACUACGGAAAAGAUGUCAGAGAAGCACGAUGGGCUGCUGCACAAAGGACUCUCCACGGGUUACAACCACCUGAAAUUUUUACCCUUGCAUCUGACAAGAGUAGCUACACUGAGCUUUCAGCACUUGCCGAGCAAGCCAAACGAAGGGCGGAGAUAGCAAGGAUGAGAGAAUUGAAGAGUCAUGUGGAAUCAGUUGUGAAGCAGAAAGGAAUUGACAUGAAUACAAUCCAUCAUAAUUUUACAAUUUGAUCAGGACAAAGUUUGCAUGAUGAAAAGUGAUCUAGCUUGAAGUAACACAAAUAUCAUUUUCCCAAAAGGAGCAGGGAAGUUUUCAAUAUUAUAGAUUUGUAUAUAAAGCCUACAGAUUGCAUCAAUCUAGCUAGUUUAUGCUGCAAGUUACUGAAGAUAUUAUGACAUGCGCACUUAUCUGGUGAAGUCAAAUACUGAAAUUUCACUUCCAUAUGCAUAUGUCUUUGUCAUUCAUAAUGGUCGAUAACAAAUUGGUCAUACAAUUUUAAUUCGACAGCUUCUGGGUUGACCCUAUAUUGUAGCCUGUAGGGGGGCGACUGAAAGGGGAAGAAAAAGUAGUGGAUAUUUAGAUAGUUGUGACUGCUUUGUUAUCACAUCAUUGGACUAUCUUGACAUCUUUUCAUUGGACGUAUCCUUUUUAAUUCGUAAUAAUAAUGUAAGUAAAUGAAACUGAGAUGUUAUAAAAGACCAGACUAUAUAUGAUGGAGGUAAAGUAGUUAUAAUUUGUAGAAAUAUAUUCACAUUGAUAAAUUGGAAACAGAUGAACUGAAAGUCAUGCAAGAACUAUAAACUUACAACAUUGCUUACGAUUCUUUUGUGCUGGUAAUUGAUGGAAUCUAGAUUGUGUAUUGGAUAUGGUUGGAAUUUUUUAAAAAAAUUUGGGAGUGCUUGGAUGCACCAUGACUAAUGGUUUUGCAUUGUUGGGUGCCAUGUUUUAGGGGGAUAGACGGGAUUGUAUUGCCUGUGCCACCCUGAUUAGGCUCUUUCUUGGGAAAACGGGGUUUUGGAGGCGGUAGCCUUUUUUCUUUUUUUUGUUUGGAGUUGUUUUAUGUAAAGGAAACCAAUCUAGAACUUGACUCGUAGAGUUAUGCCCGCGGAUUUGCAAAUCAGAAUGUGCCAAAAAAGUCUAUUCAGAGUAACGGAACCAGAAAUCCAACAAUGGUGCCCAGGGUCUUUGGCAAAAUGGUGCAGUAAAUGUAAAGUGAUUACGAGUAAUGUGAAUCUUGUGUUUGUUGCUCUUCAUUUUCCCCUGGACCGCUCUUUUCUUCUGAUGUACCUCCUAUAUCUUAUUCAGGGCCAGUAAAAAAUUGCCCCUAAUGCUAUAAACCUUGGUUAGUCUCCCCAUAUAAAAGGUUCUUGAAGAUUGGCAUUUCUAGUCUAGUCCCCAAAAGUAAACACAAUAUACAUGGGCGAGAAGAACCUGCAAAGUAGGAGGUAGAGAUGACAAAGACCACACUACUAAAUAAAUGACUAAGUAGACCCGUGUAGCUGCUUGGAUAUAGUAUGUAUACUAACACGUAUAUAUUUCUUUUCGUAUCUACAAUUGUUUACUAGCAACAACCUUUCUUUAAAGGGGCACGUUUGAUGAAAGCAGGAAUAACGUUAUUUGUAUGAACAUCUUCCAAAAUUUCAUCACAUUAUUCGCUCCCAUGUCUCUCUCCUAGCUUACGUAUUCGACAACUUCUACUUGCACAUAUAUUGUUUAUAUUACAGCUAUCUGUGGCCUGUGGGCAGAUACCGUCGUUCUUGGUUUCAUCUAAACAGACAUUUCCCUCAUAGGUCUUAACUAAGAGUAGUCUUGCAGUCGAAUCAUAUGACGAAGAGAAGGAUGGAAUAAAGAGGUCUCGAAAGAUUAUGAAGAAGGCUUUGUUGGGAUCAGUUGUAAUAGGCCUGGUAGGUGGAUUGAUUUUGAGUUACUGGGAACUCCAGUAUCAUGAUUUGAAUAGUGAGCUGUGGAUGGUUCCUGUUGGUCUCAUUCUGUUCUUCACUCCUCUCAUAGUUUGGUCAUCGGUGGCUGUGGCUGAGAUGAUCAAUGGUCCUACUGAUGUCGACAUUUCGAGCCAAGCAAAAAUCCUCAACUGAGAUUCGGAGAAAGAUCAUGAACUCAUCAUCUUUUAUGACUUGUAAGCUAUUGUCAGCAUUUUGAACUUGCUAUAUUGUGAGUGCAAAUGAAAUGAAUUAGUUGUAGGUGUAAAUUAGCAGUUUAAUGCCAGAGUUUCUCUUUUUAGGAUUGCCUGUAUGUUUCUCUUACAUCAAAGAAUCAAAUCUCUGCUGACUUGUUUCAGGAUGGAGAAUCA